UCCUCUCACCAUGAAGAGUUUUGCUCUUCUUUUCCUAGUAGUGAUCUGUGGCGUGGGAGGAUUGGGACAGAAGCUGAAGCCAAAGAAAAGAAGCAAUGGUGAAGAAAUCAAUUUUCGGACUAAAACCAAAGAUGUUUGCACAAUGAGCAUGAGUGGGGAUGAGGAGAUGAAACUUAGAAUUGAAUGCAAAAGCCAAGGCAUGUCCUACUGGUGUGAAUUCACUGGCAAGCCAUCAGUCUGUCGUGCUUUCAGAAACAAUCCAAAGAUUUACUGGAAUCAGAUCGCCGCUGGACUUAGAAAGCUCCCGCAUGCUUGCGAAUCCACGGAAGUGUUGAAGAUCACCAUGUGCCAAAAGGCUCCCACAGAGGCUCUCAUGAAGCAAAUAGCUGCUGGUAUGGAGCCAGAAGAUCUAGCAAACGAGGACAAAUCAGUCCAGAAAACUUCCACUUCUAUGAGGGGAGCAGGGAAAAGCUCUGUUGAGAAAAUAGGGAAACUUCCAAUACUACCUCUUAUAAAACCAACCCAACAUGGUCAAGGGUCUGAAAAUGAAACGGAAGCAAUGAAACUGGCACGGGAACAUUGCUGGGAAUCCCUGCAUGGUUUCUGCUCCUACAUUAUUGGCAUCUUUAGAGGUUAAGGAUUUGCUUAAGAGCAAAAUUUUUACAGCUGAAGAAGGGUCCUUGCUGUAGUUUAAUAAUUUAGACGUAAGAAUUUUGGCUUAAAAAUGAGUCAUCUCUAUAAACCUUGUAGCUGUUUUCUCUUUGCUCCCCUAAAGUGAAACUUUUUAAAAGCCC